CCUGCUCAUAGACUGCAAGUGUAAAGAGUUGUGAAAACACGUUUGUUGUCUUUGGGGGGAGAGUGAGGAAGCACCAGGAAUUGCUUCAAAGGACUUUGUCUGAAGGUAGCAUGUAGAGGAACUUGGAAAAGGACCAUUGAGUUUCCUCUUGUCAUUGUUGUUCUGAGUUGAGAGGCUUCUUGAUGGGAGUGGAAAGCUGUCCCACUGUGAUUUUCUGGGUUUCUGUUAGGGCAUUUGCUUUCUCCUCUUUGUCCUUUCUCCUUCUACUUUGUGAACUGUGUUUGAGCAAUUGUCUUGCUGAUUCCUCUUAAGAAAGACUGUCACCCCAUCUAUAAUAAGGGAAUUUUUGACUGUCAGGGAAUGUUUGGGAACCCUCCCACAGUGUUGUUCUGCAGUUAUGAACUGUACUGUUGUAAUCUGGGACAGAUUUGUGUGUAAAAGUGAAAUACAAAGAACAUGUGAAUGCCUUGUGUGGAGACAGCAGUCUUUGUAGGCGUGUUCAUUCUGGGAAAGCUUUGUGAAUAUUUCUCAACAGCUGUGAGGUUUUUAAUCCAUUUGUCCCUUGACUGAGGUAAAGCUGAGCAGGUACAUUUCUUCAGUUUGGAGACACAGCUUAUAGAGCAUUCAGAGGAAUGAGGGGAGCAGGGGAUUUGCUGGCAGGAUUCUGCAUGUCUUCACAGCACAGUCUUUGACAGGACUUAGAUUCAAGUCAUGGGAACUUGGUCCCUCCCCUAAGAGGGUCCCUGGGUGUGCAAAGGCCUCUGCAAAGCUGUAAGGUGAGGGCAUGACAUUCCCAACUCUCCUGACAGGUCCAUCUGGGGGUGGCAUCUGUGAGGUGUUCGAGUACAAAGUGUUUGUGACACUAAAGAUGUAGGAGUUUCAGAAGACGGAUUGCACUAAGAGGGCAUACUUGUUCUUAUAUGGAAAAAUUUGGGGGAGUGUCUGGAGAUGGGCAUUUGGUGAGCAAAUACUGCUACCAGAGAGAGACUUUUCUCUCAGGAACUGCGUGGGGAUGCAGCUGUCCCUUCCACAAAUGGGUCCUGAUAGAAGCCAAGUUCUGAGCUGGUCUGGAAAAGAAUGCUGUGCACUGAGGAGUGAAUGAUCUACUUGAUAAGUCAACCAGAGUCAUAGAGUCCUUUAGGUUGUAAAAGCCCCUGGGCAACAUUGAGUACUACUGUUACCGUAGCACUGCCAAGUCCACCACUAAACCAUGUCCUUAAGUGCUAUGUCCAGGGUUGGUGACUCAGCCGCUUCCCUGGGCAGCCUCGUGACCCACCCUUAGAGCCCUCAGCCAGUUCUUCACACACUGCACCAUGAACGUGCUCAUCUCGCAGUUGGAUAGGGUGUCCAGAAGGUUGCUGUGAGGAGCUGUAUCAAAUGCUAAAACCCAGAAACACUACAUCUACCACCUUCCCUUUGUCCAUGAGGUGAGUGAACUGUCAUAGAAGGAUAUCCAAUUAAUUUGAAGAGGACUUAGCUUUUUUGAGCACAAUUUGACUCUAUCCGGUAUUUGGAUUAUACUUUAAAUGCAUUUCAGUACUACCCAUUAUGAUCUUCUCCAUGAUUUUUCCAGGCACUAAGGUUGGACUCCCAGGACUGUAAUUUCCUGGCUCUGUCCUAAUGGUCUUCUUGUUAGCUGGAAUUCCAGUGGCCAGUUUCCAGUCAGCAGGGUCCUCCCCAGACUCCCAAGGCUUUUGAUAAAUGAUUGAGCGUAGUUGUGCUGUAGCAUCCACUAGUUCCCUCGGUACACUUGGAUGAAUCCCAUCAGGCCCCAUGGUACUGUAAGCAUUCCUAUAUUACAGCUGGUCCCUUACAAUUUCAGUGUCCACCACCAAAGGAAAGUCGCUGUUCGUGCCCUCAUGGUCCUCUGACUCAGUAGAUCAGGCAGCCCAAGUUCUGCGAGUAUUAGGAAGAGUGAGGUAGGAGAACCAUUGAGCUUUGGCCAUUGGCGUCUUCUCCCUGCAUACACGAACCACAGCUCUACGAUCUUCCUGCAAAGCCUGGCCUUGCUUCCACAGAUGACACAUUUUUAUACAAAUUUAUUUUUCCCCUUGAGCUCCACGUGGAGUUCCCUGUUGGGCCCAUCUGGUCUUCUGCCCCUCCUGCUUGACUUUUGACCCUCUGUCAUUGCCUGCUUAUAGACUGUAAGUGUAGAGAGUUGUGAGAAAUAGGUUCAGCAUCUUUGGCUGGAGUGUGAGGAAAGUCCAGGAGUUGCUUCAAAGGACUUCAUCUGAAUGUGGAAUUGACAUGAGUUUGGAAAAGCGUGGUUUAGUUUUGCAUACACUUUUGCUAGUGCUCGCCUUGGGAUGCGCAGGAGCAGUGGCGGUAGAAGCCAAAUCUCUUUGCUGUUGACAUCCUGACUCUGGGCUUUUUUCUCUGGUCUUGGCACGGAUCCCGGCUCACACUGCACGGCCACACUUGGGACUCCUCGCUGUCCCACCGCUUUCCCCACAAAUGUUCCUCCAGUUCAACUCCUGACCUCUCUCUUUUACCGACUCUGAUCCUGCCUCUACUCAUCCCAUAAUAAGAUUUGCGUGCUCCCACAAUCCCUCUCAAACAGCUCGUAAUCUAUUUCCCCUUUCCUAUGAGGCCUUUUCUGAUAAUCCAGGAUAUUUCCUUCCCCCCCCCCCGUUUGUUGGUUCUGGUUGAACCUCUGACAGUUGACACUUGAAGAGGGCCUUUAAUGCCCAAUCGCUCAGUGUCAUUAGGUUCCUGGGCUUUGCGAUUGUCUCCUUAUGCUCCUGCUCGUUAGUGUUUGUGUAUCUGGGGGUCUAAUUAGUGACCUCUCCUGUUUGUUUCCUUGCAUUUUAUUCCAGAUGCUGUGGCGUUGCAUCCUUACCCAGGUGCAGGAGUUCAGGUCCGGUCUCUAAGUAGAGGGACCUUUAAAACCUUUGAUUCCUUGUCUUUCACGUUAAAUUGCUGUGGCCAUGAAUCCUUCCUCAGGUGCUGGAGUUCGGGUUUGAUCACCUAGACCAGCACUGUUAUUCUAUAGUAGUGGUGAGUGAAGGUGUUAGGGAGACAUUUCUUUAGGGAAACUUUCCCCCUGGCACAAGCUCUCCUAUUCUUUUGGGACCCGCCCCACUCGCUAAGGGUCCUGUGCUGAUGAAUAAGCAGAGAAGAGAAGGAAAAGCCCUCUAAGUAUCCUGUGGAAGUGGCAGAUCUUGCAAUGCCCACCCAGAGGAAAACCCCGAGGAACUGGCGGUUCAAAGCCGGGCGGAGCUGCCCAGAGCCGCGCUCUGUCUGCGGGGAGGGAGCUGCUUCCUAGCGAAGAGAGAGCGUUUCCACUGCGCCUUUUGGCUCCGUCUGGGCACGGGGAGCGCAGCCUCCAGCAGCAAAGCCCGGGCUGGCGGCUCUGCGCUGCCGGAGCAGCAGAGGAACUAUUCUCCCGUGCGACGCUGGGUGGGGCUGUUGGCCGCGAACCGGCGGGUUCCUCUGCCCGCCCCGGCUUUGCAGGCACCGGCAGACAGAAAGAGCCGCGGGAGCCGCUCGGGAAGGGCGGCGGAACACGGAGCCGGGGAACUCGGGGGCUUUCAGACCCCUCAGCCCGGGACUGCUGACCAAAUCUCCCUCGGACGCCGCUUGAAAAUGCUGUUAAUCACGGAGGACGGGGAAUGGCUUUUGUGGCGAGUAAGAGCGAGUGGGAGACGGAGCAGAGAGCGGCAGAGGCAAGUGAUCUUGUUGCUUGUGUGCGUUUGCGUGUGUCAGAGCGGGGCCGAACCCCUCCGCUAUUCCCUGGCGGAGGAGAUGGAGAGGGACUCCUUUGUGGCCAAUAUUGCAGAGGACCUGGGGCUUUCUCCGAGCCAGCUGGCGGCUCGCAAGGCGCGCGUUGUGUCCGAGGGGAACGAGCGGCUUUUCCACCUCAACCGAAACACGGGAGUGCUGACGGCAAAGGAAUCGCUGGACCGAGAGGAGAUGUGUCCGAGGAGCGAUACGUGCACCGUUUUCUUUAAGAUAGUCUUUGAAAAUCCCUUGCAGUUGAUCCGAGGGGAGGUGGAGAUUCGUGACGUCAACGACAACUUCCCCGUCUUCCCGGAGAAGCAAACGGUUUUAGAGAUUCUGGAAACGACAUCUCCUGGUUCCCGUUUCCCUCUGCAAAGUGCCCAGGACAAGGACGUGGGCAUCAAUGGUUUGCAGAACUACAGCCUCGGUUUCAGUCCGCAUUUCUCCCUCGAUAUUCGAAUCGGGAAAGGUGGAGAAAAAUACGCAGAGCUCGUCCUAGAGCGUCAGCUGGACCGGGAAGAACAGCCGCAACUGAAUUUACUCCUCACGGCAACAGAUGGGGGCUCGCCACCCAGGUCGGGAACGGCUCAGGUCCGGAUCGUGGUGCUGGAUGCCAAUGACAACACCCCGGUCUUCGAUCGAGAGGUCUACGAGGUGCGGCUGGCCGAGAACAGUCCCCCGGGGCAGCUGGUGGUCAGAGUCGCAGCCGCGGAUCCCGACGAAGGGUCCUACGGGAAAGUGCGCUACAGCUUCAGUCAGAUAUCGGAGCGGUCCCAGCAGCUCUUCCAACUGAACCCUGACACUGGGGAGAUCCGGGUGGCGAGCAACGUGGACUUCGAGGAAGCGAAGCACCACGAGAUAACGGUGAGAGCCACUGACGGCGGAGGACUGUCUGCGCAUUGCAAAGUGCAGGUGGAGGUACUGGACGUGAACGACAACGCCCCGGAGAUAACGCUUACCUCGCACUCGGCCUCCGUUCCCGAGGACGCGCCGCCCCGCACCGUGGUGGCCCUGUUGAGCGUGCGGGACCGCGACUCCGGCGACAAUGGCAGAACAGAGUGCUCGAUCGACGGGGACUUGCCCUUCAGCCUCACCGCCACGGCGGAUCAGCACUACGAGUUGAGGACGACGGCGGCGCUGGACAGGGAGAGGACGGCGGAGUAUAACAUCACGGUGACGGCCGUGGACUGGGGCCGGAGGCGCCUGAGCUCGCGGACCAGCCUCUCCGUGCAGGUGUCGGACGUGAACGACAACGCGCCCGAGUUCACGCAGGAGGUUUACACCGUGUCGGUGUCAGAGAACAACAGCCCCAUGGUGCGCAUCGGCAGCGUGAGCGCCACGGACGCCGACGCGGGAACGAACGGGCGCGUGAGAUACGCGCUGGUGCGGCAGGAGGGCGCGGAGCAGCCCGCGGUGUCGGUGAACGCCGAGAGCGGCGCCGUCUUCCUCCUGCGGCCGCUGGACUACGAGCAGGUGCGCGCCUUGGAGGUGGCGGUGCGCGCUGCCGACGGCGGCUCUCCGCCGCUGAGCGCCCAGGCGGUGCUGCGCGUGGCGGUGCGCGACGAGAACGACAACGCGCCCGUGGUGCUGCACCCGCCCGCCGAGAGCAGCGGCGCGGCGGCGGGCGAGCUGGUGCCGCGCUCGGCCGAGGCCGGCUACCUGGUGGCCAAGGUGGUGGCGGUGGACGCGGACGCGGGUCAGAACGCGUGGCUGUCGUACGAGCUGUGGAAGGCGACGGAGCCGGGGCUGUUCCGCGUGGGGCUGCACAGCGGCGAGGUGCGCACGGCGCGGGCCGUGGCGGAGCGGGACGCGCCCCGGCACCGGCUCGUCGUGCUGGUGCGAGACCGCGGGCGGCCGCCGCGCUCCGCCACCGCCACCCUCGGCAUCGCCCUGGUCAGCGGCUUCUCCGACGCCCAUUUGCGGGGCGCCGAGGAGGCGCCGGCCGCCGAGCCCGAGGGGCCGCUCACCCUCUACCUCACCGUCUGCCUGGCCUGCGUGUCCGCCCUCUUCCUGGCCACCGCGGGCGCCGCCGUGGCGGCCAAGGUGCGGCGGGCCCGGCGCGGCGCGGCCGACGGCUUGCCCGCCUUCCCGCACUCCGCCCCGACCAGCAGCGCGGGCUCCCUGCCCCGCACCUCCGUCUACGACGUCUGCUUCGCCGCCGGCAGCCUCGACGGAGACUUUCGCUUCCUCGGGCCCCUCCUGCCCUGCUUCCCCGACGGGAUGCCCCCCGGCCCGCCCGAGCAGCGGAGCUCGCUCUGCUCCACAGAGGCGGCCAACCUCGGCGACGGCGGCGACCGGGCUGCAGAGGGCAGAGCUCCCGUCUCCGCAGACACGGCUCGCAGAUGGGCGGAAGCAGCUUGCACUGCAAACAGGGGGAAGGAGCUCCUUGGCAAUUCUGAUCCAAACCCUUGGCUCCCUCCUCAGUAACCGACGACGAAGGCGAACGUGUCUGUCGUCCGUGGCCAAUGUCCUCACAGGGAAAAGAGAACGGCGACACCAAACCCUCACCAAAAAAAUGACCACGGAAGUGCAAUGCUCGUCUGUGAGAGACCAAACCCCUU